AUGUAACUUCUGUCAAAGAUGUCAUUUACCUACCGAAGAAGAAGCCGAUAUAGAGGAAAUAAAAGCUUUCCGGGCUAAACAGUGCAAAAACGACGCGGAAAUAGUAAAAUUUAUUGUAUUUAACAUAUAUUUAGUGGCACACUGUUAUAUGCGACUGUUUUAAUUGAGUGUACGUAGAACAACACAAGUGCAAAGUGCUCUGUGCAUCAUAGUUAAGUGUAGAAAAUAGAACAAAAGUUAUCGACAAGCUAUCUUCCUAAGCAAUAAAAUGGCUACUCAAGCAGUAAACAAAACCGGCUCCGGAUGGCCUCGACGAAACAGCCACGGCACGGGAUUGACGGAAAUGAAUAAACUACAGACCAACCAAUCGAUGACGCUAAACAGAACUAUCAAUCUCUAUCCAUUGACAAAUUAUACGUUCGGAACGAAGGAACCAUUGUUCGAAAAGGACCCAUCGGUGCCCGCCCGUUUCCAGCGGAUGAGAGACGAGUUUGAUAAAAUAGGAAUGCGCAGAUCGGUGGAAGGUGUUCUGCUGGUUCAUGAACACGGUCUUCCGCAUGUAUUGCUGCUACAGCUGGGUACGACUUUCUUCAAGCUACCGGGAGGAGAGCUUAGUGCCGGGGAAGACGAAGUGGAAGGUCUAAAACGACUGCUGACGGAGACUCUAGGGCGACAAGAUGGCGUGAAGCAGGACUGGAUCGUCGAGGACACGAUUGGCAACUGGUGGCGUCCGAAUUUCGAACCUCCGCAGUAUCCGUACAUCCCGCCGCACAUCACGAAGCCGAAGGAACACAAGCGUCUGUUUUUGGUGCAACUCCACGAGAAGGCGCUUUUUGCUGUACCGAAGAACUACAAGCUAGUAGCGGCACCGUUGUUUGAGCUGUACGACAAUUCUCAGGGCUACGGACCGAUAAUAUCAUCGCUGCCGCAAGCACUCUGCCGGUUUAACUUUAUCUACAUGUAAACAACUCGGCGCCCUCAUACCACAAUUGGAUAUUGGGAUAUUUCCGCCACACUGGUUCACUUAAGCAUCCCAAUUGAUGGAAAAGGCAGUAAAGAGCCACCAGUUUAGCGGGAAAUGAACAAACGAUAGGACAUGCCGGUGUGUAUGUGUGUGUGUUUGUACUUUGGAAACACUGAGGUGAACUAUUAAUUUAGAAACCGACACUAUUUUAGAGCGCAUGUUGUACAUGAAAGAGAUUUUUUGUCACUUACCUUACACAUAUAUACCUUACUUUAACACACAUAUAAAUGUAACGAAUAAAUAAUUUACGUACCUUCUUCGGUGAGCCGGAGAGACACGAA